GCUGGCAAGUCUCCGAAUUAGCUUGACGCGAAACCAACUCUUCUCUCUCUCUCUCUCUCGCUCUCAAUUCACUCAAUUCAAUUUCAUUCUCUUGUCUCUUUCUCCAUCCAUUUAUUUAUUUAUCUAUGUAUCCAUAUAUACAAACAAACACCACCACACACACAUUUCUGUAAUUCGCUACUUUGAUUGAUGACGAAAUUGUUUUCACAGAUGACCGAGCGAUGGAGAUUCAAGUUUUUCAUGGAGACGAUCUUAGCGAUUCUACUCGUGUUGCUUCAGAGCCUGAGUCUCUGUUUCUCGCUCAACACCGACGGGUUGGCCUUGUUGAAGUUUCGAGACAGCGUGGUGAGAGAUCCAUUCGGUGCUCUCUCGGACUGGAAUGAUCUUGGCGGCGACGUUGAUCCCUGUUCUUGGUUCGGAGUCGAGUGCUCUGAAGACGGAAAAGUCGUAAUUCUGAACUUGAAAGAUCUUUGCCUUGAAGGAACAUUGGCACCUGAGCUGGGGAAGCUGACUUACAUAAAAUUAAUUACUUUACGCAACAACUCUUUUUGGGGGAACUUUCCUGUGGAGAUUGGAGAAUUAAAGGAGCUGGAGGUGUUGGAUUUAGGAUACAAUAACUUCAGUGGGCCAUUUCCAUCUGAUUUUGGCAAUAACAUGUCCUUGUCAAUUCUUUUACUGGACAACAACAACUUUAACAUAUCUCCAGAACUUUAUGAAGUUCAGAUGCUUUCUGAAUUUCAAGUAGAUGAGAACCAGCUCACUAGUGCUGCUUUAAAGGCUAGUUGCAACAGCAAAUCUAGUUCUUGGCACACUGUACAAGAUGGUAAUGUUGCGCAAAGGAGGCUGCUGCAACAUUUUAAAGCCACAAAUCCGCCCAAAGUUAAACGGGAUAGACGCACUAAGAGGGGUUCUGAAUUAUCACCAUUUCCUUCUAUCUCUUUAUCACCAUCACCAUCGCCAUCAUCAUCACCAUCACCGUUGCCAUCAACAGUUUCACCUUCAGUCUCUCCCUUAAAUUCACCGUUCUCAUCUUUUCCAUUUCCUCCUUCAGGACCUAAAUCAUUACCACCAGAUCCACCACAUGCUUCCUCACCAGAUUCUUUGGUCCCUUCACCAUCACCUAGGCCACCAACAAGUCCACUUUCACUUUCUCUAUCAAAUCCACCACUUGAUUCUAAGCCACCAGUGCACCAUCCUGCUCCUUGGCCUUCCCCUGCUUCAACUCAUAGCCGAAAUGUACAACGGAGUUUCAAUUCGAAGCAUCAUACAAUUUUGUUAUGGUCUGGAGUAACAGUGGGAUCUUUAUUCAUAUUUAUUUCGGCCCUUGGCAUUUUUUACUUUCGAAGCAACAAGGUCAUCACUGUCAAACCUUGGGCAACAGGGUUAAGUGGGCAGCUGCAGAGAGCAUCUGUAACAGGUGUACCAAAGCUCCAGCGAUCAGAACUAGAAGCAGCUUGUGAAUAUUUCAGUAAUAUAAUUGGCUCUAUAUCAGAUGGCACAGUGUACAAAGGUACUCUUUCAAGAGGUGUUGAAAUAGCAGUAACGUCCACUGCAGUGAAGUCUGCUGAAGACUGGUCGAAGAAUUUAGAAGCCCAGUACAGGAAAAAGAUAGAAAUGCUAUCAAAAGUGAACCACAAGAACUUUGUGAGCCUUAUUGGGUUUUGUGAAGAAGAGGUGCCUUUCACCAGGAUGAUGGUUUUCGAGUAUGCUCCAAAUGGGACACUCUUUGAGCAUCUACACAUAAAAGAAUCCGAGCACUUGGAUUGGGGAAUGCGACUGCGAAUAGCUAUGGGCAUGGCAUAUUGCCUUGAGCAUAUGCACCAGCUCACCCCACCUAUAGCCCACGGAAACUUGCAAUCUUCUUCUAUAUAUCUUACUGAAGACUACGCGGCCAAAAUAUCAGAUUUUAGUUUCUGGAACGAUUUAACAGCAACAAACAUGGGUUCAGCUGCCACAGAGCUCUUGGAGGCACAGUUGGCAGAUCCAGAGAGCAAUGUUUACAGCUUUGGGGUAAUUUUGUUUGAAAUGGUAACGGGCAGGCUUCCAUAUUCGGUUGAUAAUGGCUCUGUUGUGGACUGGGCAUCGGACUACUUGAAUGGAGAACAACCCUUGAGAGAAAUGGUCGACCCAACUUUAAAAUCCUUCCAAGAGGAAGAGCUCGAGAAACUGUUUCAAGUAAUAAAAGAUUGUGUGAAUCCUGAUCCCAAACACAGACCAACAAUGAAAGAGGUCACGGCUAGGUUGAAAGAGAUCACAGCUAUGGGACCUGAUGGAGCCACACCAAAAUCAUCUCCUCUUUGGUGGGCAGAACUUGAGAUUUUGUCUACUGAAGGAAGUUAAAAAGGUGAAAAAUUGAGCUGAAAAGUCUGAAGUUAAUUUUUUUAGACGUUAGUGUCCCUGAUAGCGUUAAGUAACAGAAACCUCUCCAAAAAUUUGGGUACGGAUGCAUUUUGCUCACCCAGACCACGCUUUAACGGGAGUCUCGUACCAUUUGCUCUAAUCACUUUCCAAUUGUAUGUUGCAUUUUUUCUUAAUUCUGUUGAGAUUAAAGUCAAUGGUGUCGAUGGUAGGUACUAGAUACAGCUUGUAUUUAAAUUUUUUUUAUAUGUUUUUUCAUUUUUAUUUUUUAUUGGGAAAUGCUUGUAUUCAAUAGAUAGUAAUAGGAAAUAUCUGUAUAUAACGAAUGAGGAUGACCUGUUGGAUCUUCUUAUUCUAUUAAAAAAUUUUGUCCA